GCAUGGCCUGGAAGUUCAGCUCAACAGUGUAGUGCGCUAGUGCUGUAGGAUGGGAGGUGUAUUUGUAUACCGCGCGCGCACCGUAAUCUCUGAGGAAUAAUACGAGUGAAACAGCUUUCUCUUCUUUGCUUAAAAUCACUAGAUCUACAGUACUGAGCUUUGAUGCCAAGGACGUAUCGGUAUCGAUCUAUCGCCGAGGUCCUGCCACAUUGCUUUAGAUCUUUCAGCAGUUUUUAUGACGUGUGAUUGUUCGUCAGCACCAAAGAUGUUGACCACUCUACAGCACCAACGUACAUCUUGUGUACUUUACAUGUACGUAUGUUUUGCUGCCAUUGGUUUUUUCCUGGUGUUGUGUAUAGCUCCAUCCGCCCGUGCACAGUCUUGCACGCUCCCAGACUGCUUUGUGAAUGGGACAAAUGAAAUCCAAUGUAUUAGUUGUCCUGUUGGUUUCGGAGUUGAAGUGAAAGACCGUGAACUAAUGCUUUGCAGUAACUCCCCUCCAAGAAACACCAACUGUGAGCCAUGUAUAGCAGGAGUCAACUUCUCGGAUACGAAUGAUUUGGGAAGUCAAUGUUCAGAAUGUCUAGUCUGUCAUAGCACAAAGGAAGUCGAGACUAAGGAAUGUACAGCUACAUCUGACAGAGAAUGCACCUGCAGUGAGCAAUACUACUAUAAUGUUGGGCUUAGAAGCUGUUUCCCCUGCAGAACAUGUGGAGAGGAUGAACAAGAGACAAUACAAUGCACUCCUACAGUAAACAGAGAGUGUGGACGCAGGAUUGCUCCCCCUGUAAUAACCACUUCAGUCCCUCCAACGGCCAAUCAGACAGUGUCAACUAGUACCGUCAGCACCGACCCUCCUGAUGAAACUGGAAUGUCAACAAAAGCUGAAACAGGUGGCAAGCCUUCAUCUACAGGAGUGAUUGUUGCUAUCGUCAUUGGGGUUGUUGUUGUUGUCGUUGCAAUCAUUGUCCUGGUCCUGGUCCGCAUACGUUUAAUCAAGUGUCCUGGAGAUAUCUGUACUGGAGGGGAAGGUAGGGGUGACAUUCCUUUGACCUUAAACUGUUGUAUAGGAGUCCAGACCAACAAAUACAAUAAUCCAAAUGUAUCAACAGUAUCAACGCCUGGUAAUACACAGUACAAUCUAGUUCCUAUUGAUCCAGAGGUUCGGCCUAUUGGGGCCAUCGGUGGACUGCCUAAUGGGGACGUCGUUAGACAGCCUAAUGGGGCCGUCGAUGGACAGCCUAAUGGGGACGUCAGUAGACCGCCAAAUGGGGCCAUCGGUGGACUGCCUAAUGGGGACGUCGGUAGACAGCACAGUGCCACAUCAUCCACCACAGAGGAAACAGAACAUCAGCAGUCUGUUGAAGAUGCUCUGUUUUCAGCAGAAAUACGAGAGCGCGUCAUCAGAGCGCUAGAUGCCAAUGAUGGGUUGAUGCGGAAUGCUCAUAUGCUCGCUAGUAAGAACUUUUCACGUGGUACAUAUAACCUCCAAGCCACCAACACACCAGCCUCAGAUGUCUUAGACAUGUGGGUAGAGCGAGGGAAGACGAAAGCAGCAUUGACUGCAGCCCUUAGAGCUAUGGGAAGAGAUGAUGUUGCUGACAUAUGUGAGGAAGAUUCAGCUGGUUCUUGAGCAAAGCUAACUGCCACCACAGAUCCGAGAAUGGACAUUUAAAUAUGCAACUCUGGGCAAUAACAUUUCAGACUCUUCAAGGAACUGUUUUCUUACAAAGAAAUGCAUUGAUACUGCAGUCUAAUGUUAUAUAUCAGGUCGUAACUAUUUGACUCGGGGAUCACAAGUGGAUCUGUGAGGAUCAGGAGAGGUGGUUCAACUUUCAUACUCGAGAUGCCAGAAUUAUCUUUCUCUCUUGAGACGAGGAUUGUACUCCUGCAAGCAGCUGAUGAAAGAAAGUGCUAAGUGUGUGAAAGAUGAGCAGAGAGAGAGAUCCCUGGCUGUUUAACAGACUUAAGACUAAGGGCAUUAUAUGUGAAACUCAUUGGAAGUCUGCCCAUCUUAAAUGCGGAGAAGCAGACCUAUUCAGCAAGACAAAGAUUUAUGCUGGGAUUGUGCCUUGGCCUUCAGAAGAAAUUCUGGCAUUAUUCUAUUUACCAUCAUCUGGUGGAUAUACAUACAUGUAGGUAAAGAAUUAAAGGGGUUUUUGUUUUAUUUUACAACUCACAAAACAUUUCAGAAAAAAAUUCUCAUUACUUGAGAAGUUGAAAGACAACAUAAAUAGAGAUGAAAAUUCUGAGAGGUGGUCCAUCAGUUUGUGUUCUGCUGUGUAGAACAGAGGAAGCUUGGAAAUGCCCAAGACAAACCUCCUAUAGAGAUGAAUAUUGUGUCUGCUGAAAUAGAUUGCAAGCAAUUCAUUUGUUACUGUUCCUUUUUGUUUGCCAAUUACUGAUCUCAGCUAAAUAUGAAAUAAAGAUUGUCAUCUUCUCCUCAAAAAGAAAUGUUUAUUAGAUUUUGAUUGGCGACAAACUUAAGCAUGGUGUUAUAUAGAUUUCAGUGUGCAUGAUUGGUUGCUCAAGGUCGUACAAAUGUCACAUGCACAUGGGGAUAUUUUUAAGGAAUCCAACCACAAGAUGACACCUUGACCUCUCUGCAUGUUCGCUGUGGGACCGCCUGAGCUCAGCUUCAAGAGUUGAAAUACUGGUUAUCGAUGUGGCUGCUGCCCUAAAAUAGCAAUAGUCUGACCAAAUUCACCAGACAAUGUUGUCAUUGCAUAUUGAUCGCGAAUCCAGAAGUGCACUCUGGCGAUCGAUUUAACUUGUUGGUAAAAUAUUGAACAGUAUCUAGUUCCAAUAACAUCUCAACUUUCAUUUACCAUUAUAAAGGAUCAGUUUAUGUUGCUUUGUGACAAAAUGCCUUGGACUUCUGUGGGUUUUCGUGGUUUUUCAGUGAUUUUAUUAUAUAGUUAGGAUUUAUUUGUUUAAUUACAGAUGUAAAUGCUUGUAAAGAUUUCAUCCUUGUAAUUGUUCAAACUUCAAAUCAUAACUGUAACCAGUACUUUUCUAGAAAGUUUUGUUUGGAAAUAGUCAACACAAGGAUUAGCCAGCCAGGCUUGUGUGUUUCAAUAUAUGCCUUUGAUUAUGACUGAUGCUCUGAAAUAUAACAAACUGAAAUUAAUGUACUCAUUUCAUCAAGCACAGCAGAACUUUACAAAUAUAGAUAUCACCCAUUUCUCAUUUUGAUGUUGUCUGAUAAAAGCCAGAAGAAUGUACACUCUGUGUUAAAGUAUACAACUUAACACCCUUUUGACUCAGAACAGACAAUCUAGUUGUUCGCUUCUUAAUCUUCUACAAAUGAAGUAAAAAUAUCUUGUGAAAAUGGAAAUAGGCAGAACUCUAUUCAUUUAUUCAGAGCUUGUCAACCCAAAAUACAUAUGAACCAAAUAGUAUUUGAUAUUGUAGAGGUUUCAUGGUCGAGUGGAUACGUCACUGGACUGUGGAUCACUAUUGUCCUUUGGCAAGACAUUGAUCUUUAUUUGACAACACUCAACCCAGGUGAUGUAAAUGGGCACCUGGCAGGACUUAAUUUCUUGAAAUGCUAGAGCGCUGUAAUGGCAGCCAUGCUAAAGCGAGGGUUAUAACAAGCGCCAGGGGUGUCAAGUCUGACAGAUAUGAGCGCUAUACAAGAACCCAAUAUCAUUAUUAUUAUUAUUGCAAUAUCGAUUUGAAAGUAUGUUCAAUUUAUUUUCUAUUCUACUCUUUGUUUGUUGCAGAUAAGAUUUAAUCUUCAAUAGGUAUAAGUAUUGUUUUUAUAAUGUUCUUCUUGAAUGAGUGUGAUUGAUCAUGAUGGUAUACAAAGCUAAGCUUAUGUCUUAAAGAUGCAUGUACAUGUAGUAACAGAACUAUAGAAUAGAUAUCUUUUAAAAAUGCUUUGGAUGAUUUAUAUAAACUUCCUUCGUAUCUGUGAUGUGAGUGGGUACUAUCAAGUCUCGUUAUGAUAGGAAGUGAUAAACCAUGGUUGUUUGUUUUUUUAAUGUGUAAAUGAACGACAACUGCGUGCAACAAAUGUCCUAUAUGUCCUGGGGUCCCCCAUGGGCUUAUAAGAUACAGAAUUGUACUUUUGUUGUGAAAAAAAAAAACAGCCACAGUUCAAAUCUAAAUGGGGCUUUAGUAUGGUUCUAAUUCUCUCCCUCAUUACUCGGCUCUCUUGUAUUUUCUACCAAUUUUUUUUUUGCAGAUGUCCUUUAUUGUUUGUCUUGAAUAUUUGAAUUUGAAUUGAAUUCUACAAGAAUUUACCUUCCAUCAUUACCAAAACUCAUUAGAAUACCAUUAUCUUAUUCCAUGUUUAUGAGAAAAAAAGCUUCUGGAAAGCACACAAUUGUUAAAAUCUAAUCAUCAUUUAAAGAACAAAAUCUGAAUUUGGAAAAGAAAAUAUGUAUGUAACAUAUUUCUAGAUUAAAUCUUCUUAUUUUUAUGUUUUUAUUUUUAUAAUUUAUAUAUAUAUAUACUUGAAUCAUACUUGUUUGAACAUAUCGAAAUGAAAAUCAGGCAAAAUGAAAUUCUGAUAUUGUAUAUUUUGCUAGAUAUGAGAGAUAAAACGUUUUCCAUGUUAUGUUGAACAGAAAAUUAUUUUGUAAACUUUUCAAUACAAUAUUUUUGGUUAUUAUUAAAAUGAGUUGUUUGAUGAUAGGACUUCUUCCUAUGCUUUACGAUUAUUUUAUACAAGAAUGAAUUGAAAUUUCUUGAGAAGCAAAACCUUGAAAGCAACAUAAAUAAAAUGUGAAGAUCAUCAUCAUGGUGUUUGAUUUAUGAACUAAAUGUGUGGCAUCCGCAACAAAGUAGCCGGAGGCAUUACGUUUUCUGGUUGUCCGUCCGUCCGUCCAUACGUCCCAUUCUCGUGAUCACGUUAUCUCAAGAACCAAUUGAUGGAUUACCACCAAACUUGAGUCAUGUAUGUAACUUUCAGAGCUAAUGAAUUGAUUAGAUUUUGAAGUCACAAGGUCUAAGGUCACAGGGCUCAUUAUGUAUGCAAAAAAUUGCUCUAUGGCGGAGGUAUCAUUUUCGACUGCGCACAGUCGAAGUUCCAUCUAGUUAUUCUUCGCUCUGGUUUAUACUCUAAUCUGUCCACUCUGCUGCUUGUAAACAAUAUUUUGGGUUUCUAAUGGUUUAUCUUUGUUGUUGUUGUUCAGUUUUGAUCUGUUAUUGGUAGAUAAAGUGACAUAAAUCAUUAGUAAUUAUGCACUAGAAAGGCACUGGGUAUAUAUAUAUAUGCUUCCAGUUGUUUGUUGUACAUUUUGGUGACCUGAAGAUGAAAUUAAAAUACAAGUGACUAACCGCAAUAUUGUCACUCCAAACAAUAUACUUAUUGUAGAAUGAAAUAUAUCAAAAUGUAGUAUUGUAGUCUAAUUUUGUUGGAAAUUAUUUUUGUGUUGAUCUACCUUAGCUUCUUGUCAAAACAUGACAAAAUAUAACGCCUUGAAAAUACAGAUUUGCAUUCGAUCUACAUUUGAUAGAACGACAACUGGAGGUGAAAAAACAGUACCGGUAGUACAACAAAGGGCCCAAAGUGUACUUAUCAGUGAUGAUUAUGUCACUCUAUUUUGUUACGGCAUAGUUUCUGAGGCAGUUUUGCAUGUCUUGUGUGAUAGGUACUUGACAGGUAAAAGAUAAAUGAUGGAGACAUUAGUUGCAAAUAUUAUGUAUAUUUGGAAAGGGGUGUUGGAAAAAAGAAGGAAAAAAAAUUGUAGGACUAAAAGUCGCAGUGAAUCUUAAAUUUUUGAAAAGAUUUUCUGUCAUGCAUUGGUAGCAGAUAUUAUGGUUAUUCUGGAAAGGAUUGAAAGAAAACAAAAGGGAAAAUGAAGAAAAAAACAAAAAAAUCAU